AUGAGUAAGGAACCUUCAGUGUGGCCCCCAAACCAGUCGCCCAAAAUCACAAAGACGUCUCUGGAAGACUGCCACCAAGCUUGUCCAUAUUUGCUUUCGAAGCAUGUCUUAGGCGCUGGUUCCUUCUCCCAUGUGUUCGAGUGCAAGAACAAAAAUACCGGAUCCCAUUAUGCUGCAAAACAGUAUACAAAAAAGCUCGUCUAUGGCAUGGAAUCACUGCUACAAUCCGAGUUUCAGAUCCUAAAACAGGUCUCUUUUGGCCACAAGAACAUACUUUCGCUUGUUGAUUAUUUCGAGACGGAAGACCAUUUCUACUUGGUGACAGAUUUAGCACUUGGGAAUGACCUCUUCGAAAGGAUCACGACUUCUUCUGAAGGAAAAUUAUCUUCAUGCGAAACAAGAGAUAUUUUGGGCCCGCUACUAUCAGCAUUAGCAUACUUGCAUUCAAAUCAAAUUAUCCAUAGGGACAUCAAAGCCGAAAAUGUAUUGUUCACGUCACGUUCCUCGAAGCCUCUGCUGUUACUCCUUGCGGAUUUUGGACUUGCCCUUCUUGUUAAAGAUGGUGAGCACUCUCACCUGCAACAGGGCGGAACAUUAAGUUACAUGGCUCCAGAAUGCCUUACGGGAAACUCUUACAGUUUCCCUAUUGAUAUGUGGGCGGUUGGGGUCCUUACAUACUUUAUGCUCUGUGGGUACAUGCCAUUUGAUUGCGAUACAGAUAAAGAAACAACCCAGCUAAUUAAAAAUGGUGAUUUCAUAUUCGAACCGGCCGAAUACUGGACAGAUGUACCGGACUCAGCAAAGGAUUUCAUCAGUCAAUGUUUCAAAGUAAAUCCAGAAGACCGCAUAACAGCUGCCCAAGCCUUAUCGCAUCUGUUCGUGCUUAACACUCCAUUGAAAAGAUCUCCUUCCAGUAUCUCAAUGUCGCAGCUUCAAGCAGCAGUAUGGAAGCUACACAGCCUUCAAUCUCUUUCUUCGUCGACAAGAAUAGCGCAUCUACUGAGCGGCGCAAGUGGGUAUUCGUCAUUCCUGUCAAGGCUUUCGUUAGACGAGUCUUGCGGAUCUUCAGUUGCAUCUACUAACAUUCACCGUCUUUUGGGAGACAGAUGCUAUUCUCCUGAUACAAUAUCACAUUUCUGUACUCCCCUCAUGUCUAGUCAGGUUUCUCCUGUUCUGUCGCAAACAAAUCUCCAUAAACCUUCCAAGGUUGAGAUCUCUCGUUUAUCGGCUGCGUCCCCGGAACUGGAAAAGGUAAGUUUCAUCAUAUAG